AUGUUCAAUGGCUUUGAUCAGGAAGAUAUGGAUAUCAAUGAAAAUGAUGACCCUUUCAGUGCCUUUGGCUGGUUUGGGGUUCAACAGCGGCAUCAGGAGUCCCUGCACAUGCAGGUCCAAGACCUACUCAUCAUCCAUGAGCUCAAGAUGUUCCUGGAAGAGAUCUACCAUGGCUCCACCAAGAGGAUGAAGAUCACCUGCAGAAGGCUCAACACUGAUGGCUGGACCAUGUGGACUGAGGACAAGAUCCUAAACAUUGUCAUCAAAUGGGGUUGGAAGGAGGGAACCAAAAUCACAUUCCCCAAAGAAAGGGAUGCCACCCCAGACAACAUCCCUGCUGACAUCAUCUUCAUCCUCAAGGACAAGCCUCACUCGUACUUCAAGAGGGAUGGGACAAACGUGGUCUACACUGCAAACAUCAGUCUUAAAGAGGCCUCGCGUGGCUGCACCAUGAACAUUCCCGCCACUGAUGGCUGGGUGAUCCCACUGCCUUGCAAUGACUUGGGAAAGCCAGGGACGGUGAAGAGACUGUGUGGGGAGAGGCUGCCCUUCCCCAAGGCCCCCAGCCAGUGA